AGUCGGUGCUCGAUUGCUUUUCCCCUGUGGGUCGAUUGCAGAGUUGACUAGCGCUGACGCAAUACUGACGCAACAGUGACAGAUCCACCCAACCGGCUCUAGUUACUCACGUCUCAUUGUAAGAAGACCGGUUUUGAGAAGGCUCUGAUCAUGGCAGAUCAGUUAAGUCUGGAUGAGAAGUUCCACCUCAUCACUAGGAACCUCCAGGAGGUCCUUGGAGAGGAGAAACUGAAGCAGGUUCUCCAGGAGAGAGAGCUGAAGGUGUACUGGGGCACAGCAACUACUGGCAAACCCCACGUAGCUUACUUUGUCCCGAUGUCCAAGAUAGCAGACUUCCUUAAGGCUGGAUGUGAGGUCACUAUUCUGUUUGCUGACUUGCAUGCCUUCCUAGACAACAUGAAAGCCCCCUGGGAGCUGCUGGAGCUCAGGGUGAAGUACUACGAACAGGUCAUCAAGGCCAUGUUGGAGAGCAUUGGUGUGCCCCUGGACAAACUCAAGUUUGUCAAAGGAACGGACUUCCAGCUUAGCAGAGAGUACACUCUGGAUGUGUACCGUCUGUCCUCCAUGGUGACAGAGCAUGAUGCUAAGAAGGCUGGAGCUGAGGUCGUCAAGCAGGUGGAGCAUCCCCUGCUCAGUGGUCUGCUCUACCCUGGACUGCAGGCUCUGGACGAGGAGUACCUAAAGGUGGACGCUCAGUUUGGAGGAGUUGACCAGAGGAAGAUUUUCACUCUGGCAGAGAAGUACUUGCCUUCCCUCGGUUAUGCCAAGCGCUCCCAUCUAAUGAACCCGAUGGUGCCAGGACUGACGGGGGCCAAGAUGAGCUCCUCAGAGGAAGAGUCAAAGAUUGAUCUGCUGGACUCUGCUGGAGACGUGAAGAAGAAGCUGAAGAAGGCUUUUUGUGAGCCAGGCAACAUCCAGAACAAUGGAGUCCUCUCCUUUGUCAAACAUGUCGUCUUCCCUCUACGCGGAGAGUUCUGCGUCAAAAGAGACCCCAAGUGGGGUGGAGACAAAAUCUACACUGCCUUUGAAGAGUUGGAGAAGGACUUUGCUGAGGAGCUGGUCCAUCCAGGAGACCUGAAGGCCUCCGUGGAAGUAGCACUAAACCAGCUGCUGGAGCCAAUCAGAAAGAAGUUUGAGUCGCCUGAGCUCCGCAAACUUUCCAACACUGCCUACCCCAACGCCUCAAAGACGAAAGGGGCUGCAAAGAGUGUCAAGGCAGGAGGAGGAGAUGAUGACGAGCUGGACCCCUCCCGAGUGGACAUCAGGGUGGGCAAGAUCAUCAGUGUGGAGAAGCAUCCAGAUGCUGAUUCACUGUACCUGGAGAAGAUUGAUGUGGGGGAGCCGGAGCCAAGAACGGUAGUCAGUGGUCUGGUGGCUUACGUUUCACAGGAGGACUUACAGGACAGACUGGUGUUGGUGCUUUGCAAUCUGAAACCCCAGAAGAUGCGAGGGAUUGAGUCUCAAGCCAUGCUGCUGUGUGCCUCUGUCGAAGGAGAACCCAGGAGGGUGGAGCCUCUGGACCCUCCAGAGGGGUCGUCACCAGGAGAACGGGUCUUUGUCGAGGGAUAUGAGACGGGCAAACCAGACGAAAAACUCAAUCCAAAGAAGAAGGUGUGGGAGAAAGUACAGGUCGACCUGAAGAUAUCGGACGAGUGUGUAGCUCAGUGGAAAGACAAGCAGCUGAUGACUAAACUGGGACAGAUCACAUGUAAGACACUCAAAGGAGGUAACAUCAGUUAGAUACAUUACAUCCACCACGGAAGCUGCUCCUGCCAGCCACAUUAAAUCAAGAAUACUUCAUCAACGAAUCGCCAUGGCAACAACGGUCCAACCUCAUUUGGAUGUUUUCUUGGCGGAUGAUGGGACACACUGGCUGGGACAAAUUCUUUGACCUUGCUUUGACUUUAUUAGAAAAUGUAAUUCCUAAAAGUUUACAACCAAAUUCUCUAACUAAUCAACCUAUGGUUCAUUGCUCUCUCUCUCUUUUUUACCUGGUGUUGUAUGGUGUAUCUAACACAGUACAUACACAAAUACAACAGUUCCUGCAGAAAUGACCUAUUGCUACUCAGAUAAAGAUAAAGGAUUACUUUACUGAAUGUUACUGUACUGGCUGCCUGUGCCUGGAAGUAACUGAUAAGGGAUCUCAGGUGUUUUAAAAGGGGAAUUUUAAUGUUUCAGUCAUUUUCUGGGCCUUAAUGGUAAAGCACAGGGUGUGGCCAAUCUGCCAAACCUAAUUAAACAUGUUUUGGGGGUUUGAGACGCAAGGUUACCUGUAAAUAAAUGCCAUAUAUGCCAUGUACUAUAAGACAUAGGAAGGUUGCAAUGGGGGUAAGUGUAGAGAAAUCAAUAUCUGGACAUCAACUGUCAUAUUAUGAAAUGAUGCAUCAUCUCUAACAUGAAAUAAACGCUGGCGGAAUUCUCUG